AUGUCCAUCGCCUCCCCGAUCAACUUGAUCCUGCUCUCCCUCUUCGCCGUCGUCGUCUACCUGCAAUUCCGGCCCAAGGCCCCCGUCACCCUGCCCAAGGGCCCACCCCCGGUCGUCUUCCGCACCUUCACCCCGACCACCCUCCUCGAAUUCAACGGCGAGGGCGACAAGCCCGUCUACCUUGCGGUCCGCGGUCGCGUCUUCGAUGUCUCGCCCGGCAGGAACUUUUACGGUCCGGGCGGACCGUACGAGAACUUUGCGGGCCGCGACGCUUCCCGCGGACUGGCCUUCCAGAGUUUCGACAAGGAAAUGCUCACCGAGGACCUCAAGGGGCCCCUCGACGACCUGAAGGAUCUCGAGCCUGAACAGCUGGAGAAUCUGCAGUCGUGGGAGGAGCGCUUCUUGGAGAAAUACCUGGUUGUCGGUAAGCUGGUUGCCGAAGGUGACCCGGAGGCCCCGAAGUCAUAA